CUACAUGCUAUUGUAAUAAAGCAUAUGAUACACGGUCCAUGUGGAGAACAUAAUUUAAAUUCUCCAUGCAUGGUUGAUGGUAAUUGCAGCAAGAAUUUUCCAAAAAAUUUUCAAAAAGAAACUUUAAUUAAUGUUGAUGGAUAUCCGCGAUAUCGUAGACAAAAAAAUGACACCACUGUAAUUGUCAAAGGGAAAAAAAUUGACAACUCAUGGGUAGUUCCAUAUAGCCCAUACUUCUGCUUGAAAUACAACUGCCAUAUAAAUGUAGAGAGUUGUGUUUCUGUUAAAAGUGUUAAAUAUCUCUUCAAAUAUGUAUAUAAAGGUUACGAUUGUGCAAAUAUUUCCAUUAAGGAACAUAAUACACUACAGCAUGAUGAAAUUCAAAAUUUUUUGGACACAAGAUAUGUCAGUGCUCCUGAAGCUGUUUGGAGGUUGUAUGGUUUUUUGAUGCACCAUCAAACACAUACAAUAAUAAGACUUCAAGUUCAUCUUCCAGGCGAACAAGAUGUAUAUUUCCAUAAUGAAAACGUACAAUUAGCUGCAGAAAAGGCACAAGACAGGGAUACCACUUUGACAGCAUACUUUAAGUUGAAUGUGGAUAAUAAUGCGGCACGUGAACUUUUUUACUCUGACAUUCCUCAACAUUUUGUAUUUGAUGUAAAAAACCGUAAGUGGAAUCCAAGACAAAGAGGAGCAGAUACAACAAUUGGCAGAUUGUAUAAUGUAAAUAUUUCAUCAGAUUUGGAGAGAUUUUGUUUGAGGUUAUUGCUUUUGCACUUAAAAGGAGCAAUAUCCUUUAAGGACUUACGAACUGUUAAUGGACAAGUUUGUCACACAUUCAAAGAAGCUGCCCAAAAGCUUUCACUUUUAGAUGACGACGCUACAUGGGAUCUUACACUUAACGAAUCAGCAUCUCAACAGAUGCCUAAACAAAUGAGGGAACUGUUUGCUUAUUUGUGUAUAUUUGUUGUCCCACCUAAUGUCCCACAACUCUUUAAAAAAUACAAACAUGAUCUUUAUGAAGAUUAUUCACGUCAUGAAGACCACAUUGAUGAUUGCAAAAGUUGCAAAAAUUUGGCAUUAACAGAUAUUCAAAAUGUUCUCAUAUUGCAUAGUAAACGUUGUGAAGAUUUUGGACUACCCAAUCCAUCAAACUUCAUUCCAGAAAUGCAAUUCAACUAUGUUACACACUUGGAAGCCCAAGUUGGAGCACAACUUCAAGAAGCAUUAAACAUCGAGCAAAAAGCUGCAUUUGACAAUGUAAUGUCUGCAAUUGAUAAUGAAAAUUUACCACACAGAUGUUUUUUUAUUGAUGGACCUGGUGGAAGUGGCAAGACUUAUUUAUAUAAAACAUUAUUGAGUACUUUACGUGGACGCACAGAUGGAGUUCUUCCUGUUGCCUCUACAGGAAUAGCAGCUAAUCUCCUUGAUGGUGGCAGAACUUACCAUUCACAGUUUAAGCUUCCAAUUCCAUUACUGGAAACAUCAACAUCAAAUAUGAGAAUGACUUCAAAAGAUGCAGAGUUCAUACGUAAUGCUAAAUUGAUUAUUUGGGAUGAGGCCUCAAUGACACCCGGUAUAGCUCUAAAAUGUGUAAAUAACCUUCUUCAGGAAAUUAUGCAGAACAAUAAGCCAUUUGGUGGAAAAGUUAUACUCCUUGGUGGAGACUUCAGACAAACACUCCCAGUUCUUCCUCAUUGCAAUAGAACUGCUAUUGUGGAAGCUACUAUAAAGUUCUAUGAUCACUGGGAUAAAUUUAAAAUUUUAAAAUUGAAGAAUAAUGUGCGUUCAGUGGAUCCAGAAUUUAGCAAUUGGCUACUAAAAUUAGGACAGGGUUCAUUAAAUAAUUCAGAGGGCCUUCCUGAGGAUUUAGUUGAGAUCCCUUCCAAAUUAAUAUGCAAUGAUUGUAUCAUAUCUGAAAUUUUUGGAAAAAAAAUUCUUCCAUCUGAUCUUCACAGUUUUUAA